CCCGGGGUUCGUGCGAGAGGCAACGGCAGGAGGGGAGAGAGGCCGCGUCGACUCCGCGCUGAGAGGGGAGACAGAGACAGAGAGAGAGGGGAGAGGGAGGAGAGACGGACGAGGCCGAGGAGGAGGAGGCGAGGAGCAGGCGCCGUCGAGCGAGGCGGAGCUGUGAGGGCAUCGAGUGGUGAAGGGGAGCGAGGUUGGGUGCAGACGCAAUGGCCCAGGUCACUCCGGCGGUCGGGUUCUCUGACGGCGGGACGGGAGCGGAGUGUGGCCAGGAUUUCGAGGAUGUGAUGACAUCAAAUGCAGAGCUGGGACCUCACGGGUUGUCUGCUGCCGAGUACCAUGGGAUGGAGCCACCUGCUCCCUCGAUACGCACGGGAAACAUGCAAGGACCUUCGGCCAAAUACAACCCUUACUUUGUGGGAGGCGGGCCAGGAACGAGAACGCUAGGAGAGGAGACGCAAGCAUCUUUAAACAGCCCGGCUGUUGCUGGAGAUGCAGGCUUCAUGGGCCUCGCUUUUAGCACCCUGGAGAUAGUACGCAACUGGAGCCUCAACACCUACAAGUGCACACGACAGAUGGUGACGGAGCAGCUGGGCCGAGGCUCCCGCACCUUGGACCCAGAGCUGUCUGCCCGCGUGGUGGCGCUCACAGAGACGAGGCGGCGCUACCGUGCGCUGCUGCGGGUGGCGCGCUCCAUGCUGGCGCACUUCCAGUUGGUCGUCACGGCACAGCGCAAUCUGGCCGACUGCUUCUCUGAUCUUGGCCACAAGUCUCCUGAUCUGCAGGAGGAGUUCAGCUACAACGCGGAGACGCAGCGGCUGCUGUGCAAGAACGGGGAGACGCUGCUCCGCGCCCUCACCUUCUUCGUCAACAGCAUCAACACGCUCACCAACAAGACCAUGGCCGACACCCUGAUGACUGUGCGCCACUAUGAGGCUGCCAGGCUGCAGUUCGACGCUUACCGGGCGGACGUGGAGCUCCUGAGGAGCUCGGCCACAGACCCGGCCUCUGCCCAACGUCUCGACGUCGCCCAGAAACACUUCCUCUCGCACAAGGACAAAUUCGAACGUCUCCGCGACGACGUUGCCAUCAAACUCAAAUUUCUGGAUGAAAAUAAGGUGAAGGUGAUGCAGAAGCAGCUUCUUCUCUUCCACAAUGCCACCUCUGCCUACUUCGCUGGAAACCAGCAGCAGCUGGAGCUCACCCUGAAGCAAUUCAAUGUGAACAGCAGCAUUGCCACGCCAACAGCCGGCAUUGCCACGUGGGUCGAGGGGCAGUGAUCCAUCUCGCACGUAACCUCACACACGUAAACACCACUACUCUCAUACACAGAUCCUAUGAAGCCUACACAGGCUGUUGGGGCAGAUGGUGAGCAGAUAUGAAAGCUGGCAUUGCUCACGAGAUGGGGAUAUGGCAUGAAAACACGCCCAACCACCUUUGUCUCCCCAGUGGUGAUGUUUACACGGUCUCGGGAAGGACUGGGACCGGUUCAGAUAUUUGCCACUGUUAGGCGUGAACAUGAACUGAAUUCUGCCCACUGCGCUAACCUCUGCACUGUCACACAACCCACCACAUAUAUACCCUGACUUGCAUGUCCACUUACACACACAAACUGCCUUUCACCACCAAGUGACAUGACCACAGGCCCUUGUGCCAGGCUACUAUGUUGUUGAACUUCUUUCGCACCAUACGUAGCCAACUGUGCUCAUCGGAGGUUGCGGGGGGCUCGCUGGCCGAAGGUUACGAGACAGACACGGAGUGUUCUGGCACCACCUUUGCCAACUUCCCUACACUCACCCACUCAUAAACACAACCCCAAAGACAUGCUCGCACACCCACUCAUAAACACAACUCCAAAGACAUGCUCGCACACCCACUCAUAAACACAACCCCAAAGACAUGCUCGCACACCCACUCAUAAA